AUGCUGCACGAAUGCCACAGCAAAACAAUAGUAAAAACAACAACAAGAACAGCAAGUGCAUGCAAUAGCGACAACUAUUACGAGACUAUAACGACAAACGACUACGAUGCUUUGGCCAUUACGACCACCACUGUAACGCCACCAGUAAUGGCAACGGCAACGGCAACGACCAGCUCAACGACCAGCUCAACGAUGGCAACAACGACCGCGCCGACACACGACAACAACUGCACAAACAAACGCAAUAUUUGUACAUCCAUCUUCUUGAAGUUAAAAAGAUGCUUCAACAUAAGGUAUUGGAAGCUAAAGCAAAAGUUGCUCAUACGCCAGGGCAUAUGCAAAACCAUAUUCAAUAAAAAUCGCCAUAUUCUGCAAUCAGUACCUACAGCAUCCACAGGAGAGCAAGAUGCUAAAAAGAAGUGGCGAAAUUUGCGAGACCAGUUCAGUAAGGAAUUGAAAAAAAUUCCAAAAGGCAAAUCGGGCGACACACAAGACCAAGCAACUAUAUAUACUGGGAGGUGGCGGUAUUUCAAAAGCCUGCUUUUCCUUAGAGAUACAAUUCUCCCAAGAGAAACAGCUAGAAAUUUGUCGGUGGUGCUUGAAGAUUCAACUACAGCAACUGAAGCCGAUAAUAAUGUGGCAAAUGCUGAAAUAGUGGCAAAAAAUACUAAUGCUACUAAAACAGAUAAUGAAGUGUCAAAUUCCGAAGUAAAGAACUCCGAACUAACUUUCGUUGAAACAUGCCCUUCAUUCAGGUCUUUGUCUGUUCGUCGAAAGAGAAAGGACAAACAUCAAGAUGGAAAUGCCGUUGAGCUUAGGCUUUUAGAUAUCGAAACCAAACAGCUAGCUUUACUCGAAGCAUCAGAAGAUGAAAAUUCACUCUUUUUGAGGUCGCUUCUUCCAUUCAUGAAAAAGUUGGAUCCGAUUCGUCAGCUUCGUGUAAGGU